AUGCAUCUCUGGACGCAGGCGGAGGCAGGGGGCGUUGGCUCAGGUUCGGGGGAUAAUGGUUUGGUCUGUGCUCCCCUGACUAGGGAGACAGGUUGGCUCAAGCAGUCCAUCUCCGAGUCUGGGGAGACGGCUUGCGCUGUUCGUUCCUCGGUGUGGCCGAAGCGAUCGAUUCUGGCUCAGCACCCCCAGGAAACUGCGACCUUCAAGGACGUGGCUGUGGUCUUCACUGAGGAAGAGCUGGCGCUACUGGACUCCGCCCAGAUAAGCCUGUACCGAGACGUGAUGCUGGAGAACUUCAGGAACCUGCUCCAAAUUCUCUUUCUCCUCAUAAGGGAUGGGAUCAAAAACAAUAUUUCAAAUCUUCAAGAAAAAGGGUUGAGUUGCCUCUCACAAGAAGUGCUCUACUGUUGGCAGAUUUGGAGACAAAAGCUCAGUGAAUCAACGGUGAGUCACGAUUGUGCCAUGAAUCUUCAGGGAGACUGUUUCCAAUAUUUAGAAGACGUUUCUCUCUGUGAAGAGUGGGCAGGAGUGUCUCUUCAGAUUUCUGAAAAUGAAAACAAUGCAAUAGGUGCCAUUAACUUAGCAAAUCCAGCUGGCACAGCUUGGAAAGGCCUGACGCAUAUCCUUACCCCAGAAUCUUGGAGGAAAGCCAACAGAAUGACUGCACCCCAGAAUUCUCAGGGAAGAUGGAAGAAAAGUCAUACAGAAGAGAAACUAUAUGGAUGUGUUUGGUGUGAUGACAGCUUCAGUCGGACCUCAUGGGAGUGGGAUGGUCCCCAAGAAUGUAAAGGAGAGGAACCUUGUAGAUACACGGACUGUGUGGAAAGCUUGGUUAUGAAAUCAACAGUUAAACAACAUAACAUGGCCCAUGCAGUUCCGCAACCUUCCAGAUGCAGUAACUAUGGAAUGGACGUCACAGAGGAUGCAGAUUUUCAUGCUUAUCACAGCGUUCACAUCACAGAAGAAUCCUGUAAAUGUGACCAGUGCGGAAAGGACUUUGGUCAGAGCUCAGAUCUUAUUGUUCAUUAUAAAACCCACUCAGCUGAGAGACCUUAUGACUGUGAAAAGUGGGCUCAGGGCUGCAAACAGAGCUCAGACCCUCCCAGAUACCAAAAAGGCCCCUCAGGAGACAAAUCCUACAAAUGUCUCGAAUGUGGCAAGGGCUUCAGGCGCAACUCCUCUCUUCACAACCAUCAUAGAGUCCACACGGGGAAGAUGCCCUACAAAUGUGAUGUGUGUGGAAAGGGGUUCGGGUUCAGGUCCUUUCUUUGUAUUCAUCAGGGAAUACACACAGGGAAAAAGUCCUAUAAAUGUGAAGAGUGUGGGAAGGGCUUUGAUCAGAGCUCCAAUCUGCUUGUCCAUCAGAGAGUCCACACUGGAGAGAAACCCUACAAAUGCAGGGAGUGUGGCAGAUGCUUCAGUUCAAGCUCCGUACUGCAAGUCCACCGGAGUUUGCACACAGGGGAGAAGCCUUACAGGUGUGGUGAGUGUGGAAAGGGCUUCAGCCAAAGCACUCACCUUCACAUUCACCAGAGAGUUCACACCGGGGAGAAACCCUACAAAUGCAAGGUGUGUGGAAAGGCGUUUGCAUACAGUUCUGUCCUUCACACCCAUCAGAGAGUUCACACAGGAGAAAACCCUUAUAAGUGCAAAGUGUGCAGUAAGGGCUUCAGUUACAGCUCAUAUUUUCACUUACAUCAAAGAGAUCACACCAAAGAGAAACCAUAUAAAUGUGGUGAGUGUGGGAAGGGCUUCAGUCGGAAUUCAGAUCUUCAUCUCAGAGUCCACACAAGAGAGAGGCCCUAUAAGUGCAAAGAAUGUGGUAAGGGCUUCAGUCGUAACUCAUAUCUUCUUUCUCAUCAGAGAGUACAUACAGAUGAGAUGCACUAUCCAUGGCACGAGCAUGGCAAAGAUUUUAGUUAUAGCUCAGACCUGCUUCCUCAUCAAAGACUGCACAAGAGGACGGAAGCAUUAUAA